AUGAAGACAAAACAGAAAUUACCAGAAGAUGGAUCCUCUCCUCAAGUCAAACAGCUGCUUGAUGAACCAGAGACUGUCACCACCAUAGACACUGGGAAUGGAAACCUUUACAAUGUAGCCUGUCUAAAUGUUAAGGAAAUCUGGACAAGUGGAGAUGACAAAACCAUGAAACUCUAUAGCAUCAAUCAGGGAUCACUUCUUACGUCAGUUUCAACUAAGUCAGGAAAAAGACCAGAGAACAUAGCAGUGACAAACACAGGUGAUCUAGUUUAUACUGAUAAAAGGGAUAAAACCUUGCACAUUGUGAAGAAUGAGAAGAUAGAGAAGGUGAUCAAACUAGACUGGGACUUGAUACCUCGUGGUGUCUGUAGCACAUUCUCUGGUGAUCUUUUAAUGAUUAUAGACAGUCAAGAUUACCAUCAAUCAAAAGUUAUCCGUUACUCUUACUCCACAGAGAAACAAACCAAUGUCUUUCAGUUUGAUGAUAUGGGAAAGCCUCUCUAUUCCUCUGGUCCCGAUAGCAAAUACCUAACUGAGAACAGGAACCUUGAUAUAUGCGUCGUUGACAUUGGAGCUGGGGCAGUAGUAGUGGUCAAUCAGGCCGGGAAACUGAGAUUCAGGUACACAGGACAUACUCCUGCUCCAAAGAACCAACCAUUCAAUCCACGAGGAAUCACCACAGACAGUCAGAGUCACAUCCUUACAGCUGAUUAUUACAAUGACUGUGUCCACAUCAUAGACCAGGAUGGACAGUUUCUCCGUUAUAUAGACUUUGGACUGAGUGAUCCCUGGGGACUGUGUACAGAUACAAAUGACAAUCUGUUUGUUGCUGAAUAUCGAAACAGACAAGUGAAGAAAAUAAAAUACCAACAGUGA